CAAUAAUUUACAUUAAUCUGCAUAAAUUUGUGUUCUGCAUUUUGCUCAAAUUUUCACCUAUAAAACACUCACCUUAAGCACCAACUCACAGCACUUCUUAUCCCUUAACAAAGUUUGCUAAAAUAAAGCAUCAAUGGGGAUUGAAGAAGAGGAUGACAAAGUUGGAACCAACAAGUACCCUGAGAGGAUUCCCCUUGGAACAUCUGCUUCUGCAAUGCACGAUCGAGACUACGUGGAGCCACCACCAGCACCUCUGUAUGAGCAUGGUGAACUAGUCUCAUGGUCUUUUUAUAGGGCUGGCAUUGCAGAAUUUAUAGCCACUUUCUUGUUCUUGUAUGUUUCUGUUUUGACUGUUAUGGGAGUCUCGAAUGCACCUGAUAAAUGUGCUUCUGUGGGGAUUCAAGGCAUUGCAUGGGCUUUCGGGGGUAUGAUCUUUGCACUUGUCUACUGCACUGCUGGUAUUUCAGGAGGACAUAUCAACCCUGCUGUGACCUUUGGUUUAUUUCUGGGAAGGAAGCUUUCGUUGACCAGGGCAUUGUUCUACAUAGUGAUGCAGUGCCUUGGUGCUAUCUGUGGUGCUGGUGUUAUAAAGGGCUUUCAAGGAUCCUCAAAAUUUGAGCUCAAUGGUGGGGGAGCUAAUGCUGUGAAUCAUGGCUACACAAAGGGUGAUGGUCUUGGUGCUGAGAUUGUUGGCACCUUUGUCCUUGUUUACACUGUGUUUUCCGCGACUGAUGCUAAGGGAAGUGCCAGAGACUCAACUGUCCCUAUUUUGGCCCCUCUUCCCAUUGGCUUCGCGGUGUUCUGUGUUCAUUUAGCCACCAUCCCCAUUACAGGGACCGGAAUCAACCCUGCUAGAAGUCUUGGAGCUGCCAUAAUUUACAACAAAAGUCACGCUUGGGACGAUCAUUGGAUUUUCUGGGUCGGGCCAUUCAUCGGUGCCUCACUUGCUGCUGCAUACCACCUGGUUGUCAUCAGGGCCUUUCCUUUCAAGAGCAAAUCUUAAAUUUCAGUCUGCAUGUACCAGAACUAUUUGUCAUCCCUUUUCGAUCUCAGUCUUUCAUUUUAGUCUAUUGUAAUUGUCACUGUCAUGUGAAUUCGUCGGUUUCAGCUAUUAAAGUAUCCAUGCACAUCAUUGUUUUAUGCUGUAUUUAAGCUUGAGUUUGCAUCUGAAGAAGAUAUUCUUUUUUUA